AUGUGGGGGAGCUGGGCUCUGCUCUACAUCCUCCUGCCCGGCUGUACGGGGCCCGGGGCCCCUGCCCCCAUCCCGCCCGACACGGUGAAGUUCUGGGCAGAUACCUUGGGCAGCGAGGUGUACUCCAUCAUCACCAAAUACUCUGGCUCCCUCCUGCUACAAAAGAAAUACAAAGACGUAGAGCCCACCCUGAGCAUUGAGGAGGUGGAUGGGCUAGAGUUGGUGAAGAAGUUUUCAGAAGAGAUGGAGAGUAUGCUGCGGAGGAAGGUGGAAGCUGUAGAGAGAUUGGUGGAGGCUGCGGAAGAGGCAGAUUUAAAUCACGAGUUUAAUGAGUCUAUGGAGUUUGAGUACUACAAUUCAGUGCGGAUUAAUGAAAAGGAUGAAGAUGAUAAUUAUGUGGAUCUGGGGAACGAAUUUAUUUUGGAGACUAAUGAGCACUUUAAUAAUCUGAUGGUGAACACAACACUCAGCAAUAUUCAGCUUCCUACUAAUGUGUACAACAAAGAUCCAGACAUUCUCAAUGGUGUGUACAUGUCUGAAGCCCUGAAUCCUGUCUUCGUGGAAAACUUCCAGAGGGAUCCCACGUUAACCUGGCAGUAUUUUGGAAGCUCCACUGGGUUUUUCCGGCUGUAUCCAGGUAUAAAAUGGACGCCAGAUGAGAACGGUGUCAUCUCAUUUGAUUGCAGAAACCGUGGAUGGUACAUCCAGGCCGCCACAUCCCCGAAGGACAUUGUGAUCGUGGUAGACAUCAGUGGCAGCAUGAAGGGGCUGAGAAUGACCAUUGCCAAACACACAAUCAACACACUGCUUGACACUCUGGGCGAGAAUGACUUUGUCAACAUUAUUGCAUACAAUGAUUACGUCCAUUAUAUUGAGCCCUGUUUUAAGGGGAUCUUAGUUCAGGCUGACAGAGAUAAUAGAGAGCAUUUCAAGCAGUUGGUGGAUGAGCUGCAAGCGAAAGGAGUUGGCACUGUCAACAAAGCUCUCAUUGAAGCAUUUAAAAUCCUGAAAGAGUUCCGAGAAGCUGGUCAGGGGGGUCUGUGUAAUCAGGCAAUCAUGCUUAUAACAGAUGGAGCCGUGGAAGAUUAUGAGCCUGUCUUUGAAAAAUACAACUGGCCUGAAAAGAGAGUCAGAAUGUUCACAUACCUCAUUGGGAGAGAAGUAACAUUUGCAGAGAAUGUGAAAUGGAUUGCAUGUAGCAACAAAGGUUAUUACACUCAAAUCUCUACUCUUGCGGAUGUCCAGGAAAAAAUGUGAUGGAGUAUCUCCAUGUGCUGAGUCGGCCUAUGGUGAUAAACCACGACCAUGAUAUUAUAUGGACCGAGGCCUACAUGGACAGCGCGCUCUUCGCCUCUCAGGCCCAGAGUCUGCUGCUGCUCAUGACCACAGUAGCCAUGCCGGUUUUCAGCAAGAAGAAUGAGACUAGAUCAGAGGGGAUCCUUUUAGGGGUUAUCGGGUCUGAUGUCCCCCUACGAGAACUGUUGAAGUUGGCCCCCAGGUACAAGCUUGGUGUUCAUGGUUAUGCCUUCCUGAACACACAAACAAUGGCUACAUACUGUCACACCCUGAUUUACGCCCAUUGUAUAAGGAGGGCAAAAAACUGAGGCCAAAGCCAAACUACAACAGCGUGGAUCUGUCUGAGGUGGAGUGGGAGGAUCGAGAUGAGAAUCUCCGAACAGCCAUGAUAAAUGGAGAGACUGGAUCACUCAGCAUGGAUGUAAAAGUCACCGUUGAUAAAGGGAAGCGUGUCCUGUUUAUGACUUGUGAUUACUUUUACACAGACAUCAGUGACACUCCUUUCAGUCUUGGCGUUGUUCUGACUCGAGGACAUGGGGAAUACAUCCUUAUCGGAAACACAUCUCUGGAGGAAGGACUUCAUGACCUCCUUCACCCUGACCUGACCCUGGCCAAUGAAUGGAUUUACUGUAUUACAGAUAUUGACCCUGAUCACCGCAAACUGAACCAGCUGCAAGCAGUCACCCGCUUCCUGAUGGGAGAGGAUCCGGACCUGGAGUGUGAUGAGGAGCUGGUAAAGGAAGUUUUGUUUGAUGCUGUGGUCACUGCGCCGCUGGAAGCCUACUGGACACAGGUGGCUCUUAAUAUGUCAAAACAGGAAGAUGGAAUCGAGGUGGCUUUUCUGGGUACCCGUGCUGGCCUUAUUCGGAAAAAUUUGUAUGUGGGAGCCGAACAGAUGUCAAACAAGAAAUUUCUGCAAUAUGAAGAAAAGGAAAGCAUAUUCACCAUGGAUCACUUUCCCUUGUGGUACCGGCGGGCAGCAGAACAUCCUCCGGGAAGCUUUGUCUACCAUGUGCCUACUGACGAAAGUCCGGAUCAUAACCCCAGAGACAAUGACAACGCCGAGCCGGCCAUCCAGCCGCGUGGUUGGGAGGAGCUGAUCCCUGAGGGUACCUGA